ACUAGGCAAAAUAUCAUAAUUCCUCCAUAAUCAAAGAAAGAUACAUUCAGGAGAGAGAAAGAGGUCAUGAUCCUGGUUUCACUUUUCCUACCAUGGUCAUGAUCCUUUUCAUUUCUUCCCUUCCACUUUGAUCCCACCAUUUCUUCAUCUUUUGUGCUCAACAAACAACCCACCAAUCUGAAUUUUCCUUUUCUUUCUUGAAUUUUUUUAAAACAAGUUUAGAAAAAGGGAAAUGGCUUCAGGAUCUUUCAAGUGUUAUGUUGAACAAAAGACAGGGAAAUUUGCAUUCUUCUUCAUAUAUGCUGUUCUUGAAUGGGUGAUGAUCAUUCUGCUUUUCAUUGAGGGGUUUCUUGCUUUUUUCUCUAAUGAAUUCGCCAAGUUCUUCGACCUGAAAGUCCCCUGCUUACUUUGCACGAGGAUCGAUCACAUUCUCGUUCACAGGAAUGCCAACUUUUAUUACAAUGAAUCCAUUUGUGAAGUCCACAAGAAGGACAUUUCUUCCCUUGCUUAUUGUCAUGUCCACAAGAAGCUGUCUGAUAUUAGGAACAUGUGCGACGGCUGCCUUCUGUCAUUUGCAACAGAGAAAGAUGCUGAUUGCGAUAGGUACAAGUCACUAGUUGGUAUUUUGCACAAGGAUAUUGAUUGCUUUGUGGAGGAUGACAAGAAAGUAGAUACAAAAUCAGGAAAGAAGGAAGAUGAGGUCAUCCAAAUUGAAAAGGGCGGAAUCGUUGGGUGUUCUUGCUGUGGGGAGAUUCUAAAGACAAAGUCAAAAUAUUCCAGGAAUGCAUCAAUGAAGGGAAAUCCUUAUUCUCAAGCUCCUGCUCCAUCUCCAAGAUCUCCCUUGACGACAUGGAGAAAUGAGGAAGCCCGCCAUUUAGAAUUGCCUCAUACUCAAUACACAGAGGUUAAGUUCAUCUCAGAUAAUGAUUUGGACCUUCCUGCUGAUGAGGGUCUCCCUAGUGGAGGUAGAGAGGAUAUUAAAGCUGCUACUGUACCACUAAUACCAGAUUCGGAGGAGAUAAAUGAUGAUGCCUUGAAAACGCCAAAUUUUACAAGAAACAAAUUUUUUGGUAUCCCAUUGUCAGACUCAGCUCAUGCUAGCCCUAGGUGGUCACACAGGCCUAGAAAAUUGAGUAUGGAUAUUAAGAGUGAAUUCAUUUCAGAAACUAAUGACGCGAGUACAGUAAAUGAAUCUGACGAUGACAUCCUGCAUCGCUUGAAGAGACAAGUUCGUUUGGACCACAAGUCCCUCAUGGCACUUUACAUGGAACUUGACGAAGAAAGAAGUGCCGCUGCUGUUGCAGCAAACAAUGCCAUGGCCAUGAUCACUCGCUUACAAGCAGAGAAAGCCGCUGUCCAAAUGGAGGCAUUGCAGUACCAAAGAAUGAUGGAAGAGCAGGCGGAAUAUGAUCAAGAGGCGAUGCAGGUCAUGAAAGACAUGCUUUUGAAGAGAGAAGAAGAGAUAAAGGUCUUAGAAGCUGAACUUGAGACAUAUAGGGAAAGAUAUGGCCAUAUCAAGAAAGUAGGUAGUGAGGUCUGUGAGGUUGAUGCAGAUGAAGAUUAUCAAGAGUGGAAUUCUCAUUCUUUGUCAUCCGUUAGUGAAAGAUCAGCGUGUGUCAGUCCUGAUGAAGGAGAUCAACAUGGAGUAAAUGACUGCUCUUUUGAAUCUGGUGAAUAUGGAGGGGAAAAUGUGGAUGAAUCACAUAUUGAUUUUGAGAAGGAGAGAUCGUAUCUCAUGGGUUUGUUGACAAAUCUUGAAGAGAAAAUUAAAACAUCUAAGGAUGAAGGAUUUCAUGUUUUAGAAACAAACGAGGUUAAGCAUGGAUCCGGAGGAAAAGGAAAUGAAAAUAAGGUAACUCUUACAAGAGAAGUGUCACUAAUUAGAGAGAGAUUGAGAGCCAUUGAAGCAGAGAGCGGCUUCUUAAAACAUGCAGCUAUGACAUUACAGAGGGAUGGUGAAGGAACCAAACUCUUGACUGAGAUAGCUGAACAUCUGCGGAGACUUAGGCAAUCAAUUGAUUCCCCAUCAAAGGAUGCAAAUGCAUGACUUCUGUUCAAACAUGGAUGUACAUAGCUGGAAGGACCCUUGAAAUUCCAAGCUUUGACAAUUCAUGGAGCUCUCGUCUUAUCACCUUGAGAAAUUCUGAUGAGAUAGACAAGGAACCAGAAUACUUUGGCAAUCCACCAAGCUUUCGCACAAUCAACUCACAGAAGGAAAUGCAAAGAACUCAUUGUAUUUAAUAUAUAUAUAUAUAUAUAUGCAUGUACUCAUGUCUGUACCAUAUCCACUUAGAUCUUUCCCCCUCCCAAUUGAUGUUCAUUUUUGAGAAGUUGCUUCAUGAGAGAAUGUACAUUAAUAUUUAUCUCAGCUCACCUUCACUCCCAGGAGAUCAAUGUGAUUGAAACUCUUGAUCUUACUUCUUGAAAAGUGAGGGUGUCUCAUUGAGAUCCUUCUACGGGAGAAUGCAAAAAAAAAUUGUUUAUACCCUA